AUGAUGCUGACCGCCAAGAGAGACAGGGUGAAUUCCUCCAGCCCUGCAGGCUUACAGCUGCUGACGAACCAUCCCUCCGCUGUGUGUCUGGCCAGUUGGCCGGGUCCAGCCGCCACGGUGUACUACGAGGAGCCUGUUCCCCGGUCGGUCUACAGGGUUGUGGAUUGUCCCGCCGUGUCGGCGCUACCUCAACCGCUGACACAGUCGGUGACGCCUCCAUACUAUCUUUGCGAACAUUCGAACACGAAGGAGAGCCGAAAGCUCCUACUAAACAGGUCAGUUCUGGACCUGGUGAACACGCAUCACUACCUGGCUUUGACGGACACGGAGCUGCUACGCUGGUAUCUCAGUCUGUCGGCGGAGGACAGGAGCAUCAUUCUGGAUGAGGGAGGCCUUCAUUACUUCCUACAGAAUCAUCCUGGGUUGGAGCUUUCUCAGGGUCAUGUUUAUUUGAAGCCUAAACUUGGAAGUUGUGUCCAGUGCACAGUUACAGCCAACCAGAACUUGUUUUGCAGACCUGGAUCACAGGACUUCAGAUGUGAAGCGUGUCUGCAGAUGUUCAAGAUGCUUCACGGUGACCCAAGGGAAAACUUACCCCAGACCAGCUUUUCUAACAGUGUGACAAGAUCUCAAAAUCAACUGUGUGAGGAGGCCUGUGACAACGCCGUGGUCCACCAGAUGGCCUACAGCCUCCCUCUCACACACACACUGAACCAGCACAGGGGUUCAUCAGUGUCUGAACCGUGCAGCAGAAUCAUCAGUGCAGCGGUGCCAUUCAACAUGUACUUAGAAAGAUCCAGACAGAGAAGAAAUCCUGAGGACUUGGCAGCAUGCAGCCAAAGGGCAGCCUCCACCAUACAGGCACAUCACCACAGUUUCAGUCCAGUGGAAAACAGCGGGUCCUCACAGCAGAUAAGAGUGGAUGCCAUGAAACUCACACAGCGUUCAGAGGAGGGUAGCAGCCACACAGCGCAGAUCCAGCAGGGUCCUCCUUCGACAGGUGCUGCAGGAGAAAACAUUGUGCUUGGUGGCGAGAAAACAGGAGUCAGUCAUGUGGAGAUCAGACGGCGCUCUGAAGAUGAAAGGGGUCAGUUCAAUUUCCCCAUCAAGGAUGAUGGGGGCAGCCUGGUGUGCUUGGCAGGCAACGAUGUGACUCUGCAGAAUGCUGGGGCUCCAGUCCAGCUGGGUGACACUCCAGCAGCCAACAGGCUGAAGAGCACUGCAGAGAAGUUUACCGCCACUGCUCCCUGUGCACCCAGCUGUGACGCUGUAGUGAAUACUGAUGUAGAGAGCUGCACAGCAAAGCGGACCCAAACUGAAGGUCCAACCACAUCCGAACAUAACAUCAUGACUGAGCUUCAAAUGUCUGAUCUGGACUACCUGGCUGAAGAGUUGAUCAAACUACAGAUGAUUCAAGAGCACCAGGAGCCAACGAAGAAGAACAAAAGCCCUGGCAGUGUGUCGGCUGCUCCGAGAAUGGACUGCGGCUGUAAGCUGCGCGCCCAGCAGGCAGAGCUGACCCUGCUCACCCUGCAGUAUGAGAUGUGCAGGCAGCACGUAUGGAGGCUCUACUACACAUCCGCUGAGGGACACCUGUCCACAGGAAUAACUGAAGACCCGCCACCAAACCUUGUGAAGAUCCUGCAGAAGUUGGAAACUGACUAUAACCUGAUGAAGAACCAGAUCCUGACGGGGGUUCCUCUGGAGGAGCUGAGUCCUCUGUAUGUGGAGUCUGAGAAGAUCAUGGCAGGAGCAUGUUACGUCCCUGAACAGUUCCUUGGUGGCCUGCUGGGAAAGACUCCUUCUUGUCCCACCCAGGGGACCAAGAAGCAUGUGGGAGCUGGAGACAGCGGAGGUCCUGAUGGGGACAGACAGAGCUGCCAGGAAGAUGAAGAGGAUAAGAGAGCGGCAGCUCUUGUGCCCAAAGAGCGAUUGGUUAAGCAAAUGGGCUUUGAGGAGGUGAGCUUUAGUGAGGCAUGGUACGAUGCUGAGGAGGAGCUACAGUUGCCAGGACCGGCAGUAGACACAGCCGACAAUGACAGAUCAGUCAGUGGUGAGAGCAGCAGCUCAGUACUGUAUGUGUCCAACCUGCCUGGUUAUAUGACACAGAGUGAUGUGAUGCAGUUGUUUGAGAAUUUCCAGCCAUCAGAAGUCAGCAUCUUCCCCUCAAAGAAUGGCGUGAGAGUUGCUGUAGUGGUGGUUGAUGGCCCAGAGGAGGCUAAAGCUGCAGUCAGAGAGCUCAAUGGUCAUCGGCUGCACAACCGUACCAUACACAUCAGGCACCUGAGUGGAGCCGCUGAUGGGGGCCACACACUUGGCCACACCUGGGGGUCCAUGGUCCCAGAGGAUGCUGACACAUACUGGAGGCUCACUGAGAAAAAGCUGGUAAACCCAGCGGUCCUCAGCUCCAGCAUCUUUCCCACCACCAAGGGGACCUGCGUACCUCAGCACUGCGGCACCAUGGGUGGGCAUGACGUGCUGAUGGCCGAGCUCACCCAGCUCCACCCCCAGGUCGACCGUCAGACAAUCCUGAAUGCUCUGAUGGAGCUGCAGACCACACACCAGGGGGUCCUGGCCAGCCUGCCCCUCAGCACCAUCAGAGACAUGACCUCUGCCCUGCUGACCAAAUCGCCUACUGCCACACAGAACUAAGUGGAAAAGACUGUGCACCUCUGUUCAAGUUGUAUUUAUUUCCAAAUUAGCAACAAUUCUCAAUUUUUAUUUGAAGUUUGAAAAGAAAAGAUCCAAGAUUGUUCAUGGGAAAUUCUGCAUCUUCAUUUUCUGUUGGGUUGCUGUUCUUCACCAGUUAACAGAUGGAUGUUUGGAUCUAAUGUUUAGAUGUUUGUUCUUAUAAAAAGCUCACCCAAUGAACAAUAUUCUCUCAAUUUUUUUUGGUGGUUGGUUAGAGUAUUUUUUAGACCAAUAAACUUUGA